AUGGCCACCGCAGCCUUUGCAGACGUCAGCAAUAAACGGAGCCGAUCAUUUGGUGGAUGCGCCACGUGCCGGAACCGUCACAUGAAGUGUGAUGAAGCACGACCAACUUGUUCCGCGUGCAAAAUUGCAGGGUUAUCAUGCGGGGGCUACGAGAAGAAUAUCUUCUUCGAUUUCGAGGAUUCUUCCGUAGCCGGAGCCGCCCGCGUGCGGCGACCGUUGCUGACGGUAAAGGAGCGCCAGAGCAUGAGCGAGUGGCUCGUGUCCAAAGUUGGGCCGAGAUCAGCAACAUGGAGCAUCACCCAGAUUGACGAGGAGUGCGAGGGAGCUCCUGCAUCUCAGGAUAUACAAAUCUGCCAUGGUCCUUUCGGCGCAUUCAGACAAGUCCUGAGGAAAGUUGACCUCCAUGUUGACCCGAUCUCGGAGUUGCCCGACGAUAUCAGUCCCCCUGAGGGUGAAGUUUCACCUGAGGACGAAUACCCUUGUACAGCAGACGAGCCGUUGGCGUCGACGCCAAGAACGCAGGAAUUCGUUCAAGGGAUUUUUGACCUGUUCGACCAGAACUUGCCUUCAUCCAUGAUGGACUUGAACGACUUUGCAGACGGCCCGGGGCAUAUUGAUGAGUCCUUCCUUGAUCUCACUGCAGAAGACAUUCGGCAGCGUCAGAAGAGCCCGAUGAAUGCGCUCGUGCCACAAGACUUCCAAUUCCCGGAUUUCAUACCAGAACAUCCGUACCAUGAUUCAAUACCUCAUGACUUAAUUCCCAAUAGCCCCACCCUCGAUAGCAAUGUCCCACACGACGCUGUAUUCCUCCUCAAACAUUACUCUACAGUCGUCCUGAGAUCACUAUCUCCAUUCCGGCACAGCAAAACACCCUGGCACAUCCUCUUCAUCCCUCAUGCCAAGAGCUGCUUGGCGGCUCUCACGCUGGGAGAGCAGUUGGACCAUGCGGACCUUUGCUUGUUCUUUGGCACGCUGGCUAUCGGAGCGUUCAGCCUCGGCGGCAUUUCCCAGUCUGAAAUGUGGCUUGAACAAGGCAAAUUCUACGGAGAGCAAGCCCAAAAACAAAUGCGUCGGAUGCUCAAGACAGCAUACGAUGUUCCAAAGACGGCCAAGUACAAGUCCGUUCUCAUGGCCAUUCUAACGAUGGUACACAUAAGCAUGUUCGCGGGAAACCAAAAGCAAACAGAACGCCACCUCCUGGAGGCGGAGAAGUUCAUACGAGUGAAAGGGCUUGGUCGGGAGAAAUCCAGGAAAGUUCGGCUCCUUCAUCACUGCUAUGCAUACGAGCGCAUGUUCCAUGAAAGCACCUUCCUGGACGGCUUUGAUUCAAGCUACCGCCACCAUGUUCGCAAAGCCAUUGAGUCAAGCGGGACUGCGGCUUACAGUAGAGAUGGGCUAUCCUUCUCGUUGAGCCACUGGGAAAAUCUCGAGCAGGAGAUGAGGAGGGUGAAGGGCCGCGAAGAGAGCGAGAACGAUUUGCACCUACAACUACCUGGGUCUUGGUCCCAGACGCUCUAUCCUGAGAUCUUCGGUGUACCUGAAGCAUACCUCUUGCUGCUGUCUCUGAUAAUCCGUCUCGGAAGAGAAAAAGAAAGCGCGGAUCAGGGUGGCAGUAAUACGCUCCCUCUCAAGGACUUUGUUCGCCGAGCAAAAGCGUUAGAGGUGUGCAUAAGCCGCGUGAAGCAGCUAUCCGCAGACAGUUGCUCCAAGGUGCAACAGCAAUGCCCUCAAGGCGUUUUGGACAACAUGCUGGACGCAAUGCAACAUUCAUUGGCCAUCUACUUCUACCGACGAAUCUACGAUUUGGACGCAUCACUAUUGCAUCACAAGGUUGUCGCUGUCCGAGAUUGUUUACUGGGGUUUGAGUCUGCUGAUCCGGCCAACAUUCACGGUUCUGCUAUACUUAUGUGGCCUGCUUUCAUUGCAGCAUGCGAGGCCGAGGACGCAGAGCUGCAAGCUUCAUUCUCCAGUUGCCGCCGUUUGAAUCUGCACUUGACCAUGACUUCAUUCGCCGGAAAAGUUAUCGCAAUCACGGGGGCGGCCUCGGGGAUGGGUUUGGCCACGGCCAAAUUACUGGCGGAACGCGGCGCAGCCAUCUCCCUCGCUGACAUCAACGAGGACGCAAUGAUUGCAGCAGUCAAGUCGCUAAAGGACAGUGAGAAGCACAUGUAUACCGUUGUCGAUGUGCGGAACAGUGAGGCUGUCAACUCCUGGAUCGAAUCUACCGUUCGGAAACUGGGCCAGCUUGAUGGCGCCGUGAACAUGGCCGGUGUAAUUGCCAAGGCCGUCCCAACUACGGAAGUAACAGACUCAGAUUGGGACUUUUCUUUUGCUGUCAAUACCAAGGGAGUUUUCAACUGUCUGAGGGCCGAGCUGAAGGCCAUGACUGCUGGUGCCAGCAUUGUAUCUGCAGCAAGCGUCUUUGGACAGUUCGGUUCUGUAAACACGCCCAUGUCACAAGGUGAAGAUCCGGAGGACGUAAAGCGCGGUCUUCAGGUGACGGCCCAGAAGAGGCGGGCUGAGCCGAUCGAGGUGGCACAUGUUAUUGCAUUCCUGCUAAGCGAUGAGGCCUCGUUCGUGACUGGAGCUGUGUACAACGUUGAUGGCGGUUGGGUUUGUUAA